AACAGGGACAGGGACAGAGAGGGGCACUUGCCCUCUGGACCUCGAAACUCUCUCGUUGUCCCUCAUGACUGUUUUUCACUUUGGCAAAAUAAGAAAAAUGGGUUUGAUGAGGUCUCUUCCUCUUGUUCAUCUUCUUCUUCUUCUUCUGGUUUCUACAGCCCAGGUUUCUUCGAUUGACAUCGGGAGUGCUAGCAGCAGCAGUACUAAUACUACAGGCUCGGAGGACCAUGUGGUGGCGGUGGUGGUGAAGGGAGCUAACAACAGGAGGCUCUUGCCAUUCUUGGAUUGUGGAGAGCUGUGCAAGGAGAGAUGCAGCCUUCACUCAAGGCCGAACCUGUGCACGCGGGCCUGCGGCACCUGCUGCUUCCGCUGCAAGUGCGUCCCCCCUGGCACCUCCGGCAACAGGGAACUCUGUGGCAAGUGUUACACCGAUAUGACGACCCACGGCAAUCGCACCAAGUGCCCCUAGAAUUACUGUACGGUACUAUCGUGAGCAUUGCUCGUGCUUCUGUCAUGUAAUGCUAGCAGAAUAUUGUGCCUUAUUGCUCUUGCUCCAGUUUGUGAAAGAAAAAACUGUACUAGCUGAAUAACUUGAGUUUUUCCGUCUCUUCUUGUAUUAACAA